AUGGCUGCACACACAGACAAAUGUGCUUUUUCUUUUCAUAUUCUCAGUUUUCCAUUUCAUCGCUUUGAUUUGUCAAGAACAUAUCUAUGGAUGUUGAAUCUCUUAUACCUAAGAAAGAGACUGGAACUUCUAAGCACACAAACGGAGUUCAGUUCUCUGCUUCUUGUUUUCUCUUUGGAACACUUGUGCUUAUAUGGCAAAGAGGAAAAGGACCCAUAUCUUGAUUUGCUUAAGGAGAAGUGAGGAUGGAUAUAGGAUCUUCAGGACAACUGAGUGUGCCGCCUGGAUUUCGGUUUCAUCCGACCGAGGAGGAGCUUCUUUACUAUUACCUCAAGAAGAAGGUGUCCUACGAACCAAUUGAUUUGGAUGUUAUAAGAGAAGUUGAUCUCAACAAGCUUGAGCCUUGGGAGCUUAAAGAGAGAUGUAGGAUAGGGUCCGGCCAUCAAAAUGAGUGGUACUUCUUCAGCCACAAGGACAAGAAGUACCCGACGGGGACACGAACAAACCGAGCGACAGCAGCCGGGUUUUGGAAGGCAACUGGCAGAGACAAGGCCAUCCAUAUGAGCACUUCCAAGAAGAUUGGCCUUCGCAAGACCCUCGUCUUCUACACCGGUCGUGCUCCUCACGGUCACAAGACCGAUUGGAUCAUGCAUGAGUAUCGCCUCGAUGAUUCUCACAACGACAUCCAGGAAGAGGGGUGGGUAGUGUGCAGGGUCUUCAAGAAAAAGGCCCAUUUCAGAGGCUUUCUCCAAGAAACACCCGACCAAGAAGACCAUCCCCACCGCUACACGACCACAACCCAUGACGAUGAUCAUCAUCAUCAUCACCAUCACAUGAAUCCCAAUCCAUGUAACCCUUCAUCAUUUCCACAUCCUAUCGAUCAUCAUCAUCAUACCAUCACCCGGAGAACGGGUCUCCAGCCUUUGUAUGGCUUCCCCAACACAUUCAGCCACCAACAAAGCUCAAUGCAUCUCCCACAACUCUUAUGCCCUGAAACAGCAGCAGUCACAGCCCAUCCAUUCAGCACAACCGACCUCGAAUGCUCUCAGAAUCUUCUUAGGUUGACUUCUAACAACAACUAUGGAGGAGAUUGGUCGUUCUUGGACAAGCUUCUUACUUCUUCCGCGACCAUUCCUCAGCAGCAGACACAAGCGAAAUCCCUAGUCGGUCCUAGCAAUGGCGACAACAAUAACAAUCAAACAGCAGGCAAUCAACAUCAUGAUGUCGGAAGCAAUGCUGGUUCUGUCUCUCAGAGGUUCCCGUUUCAGUACCUUGGGCAUGAAGUUAACCUUCUCAAGUUCUCCAAGUAGAAUUGAUGAUGAACUCUUUGUGGUGAUGAUCUCAUGUUGCAGUUCUAUCGUAUCUUUUGUAAGCUGUGGAACCUGGCACAACCACCAGCAAACUGUUUCCAGAAAUUUGGGUU